CCCCAGCGGGGAUGCUGCGGCUGAGCGGCAGGCUGAGGCGGCUCCUGUCGAGACGCGGGGCCGGAGCCUCUGCCCGGCUCUCCUCAGGCGCCGAGAUGCCCAGGAAAGCUGGUGCGACGAACAAGGGUAAGAACCAGAGCAAGGAGCCAGAGAGACCACUUCCUCCCCCAGGUCCUGUGGCGGUUGAUCCUAAGGGUUGCGUCACCAUAGCCAUCCGUGCCAAACCCGGGUCCAAACAAAACGCUGUGACAGACGUGACAGUGGAAGCUGUGAGCGUGGCCAUAGCAGCCCCCCCGUCGGAAGGAGAGGCUAAUGCCGAGCUCUGUCGGUACCUCUCCAAGGUCUUGGAGCUCAGGAAGAGUGACGUGGUUUUGGAUAAGGGUGGUAAAUCUCGUGAAAAAGUGGUGAAGCUAUUAGUGUCCACAACUGCAGAAGAGAUCUUGGAGAAAUUAAAGCAGCAAGUUGAAAAAAAAUAAAAGCAAGUUAUGAGAAGUACAUCCUUGAGAAGCUUUUUAAUUGCUAUUCAUGAAGAGGCUGUUAAGUAGGAAAAUGUAUUUCAGUGCACUGAAGAACAUGAAAAAAAAAUUUAAGAACAGGACUCAAAAGAGAAGUAGGAAUUUUAAAAGUAUUGUAUGUUCGAUGUAGGUUCUGACAUCCAAACAGUUUGGAACAUGUUAGUCCGAUUUCAUUGCAUUACAAAAUAACAGAACUGGAAGAGAUCUUCAAGACGACCUCAGUCGGCCCCUUUCAUCCUGUGACGGGGCUUCUGCUAUCCAGAAGUUGAGAGUCUUGUUCAGGAUCACACCAUGCGGGAUGGCAGCUAGAACCCAGGGCUCCUGGUUGGAUGCAGUUUAUCCUGAUUGUAAAUGAAGAUGUUUCCACAGCACUCUAGGGUUCUGAGAAUUGCCUUCUCUAGAGUUUACAAGUGACAGAAGAAAACCUGUCACACUGCUUUGUGGUCUUACUUUAUAUUUUAAAAGGCUUAUCUAAAUACAAAAAUGCUUUUUGUGUCUUUUGAAAACUCUGUGGAGCAUUUUGUGAAAAAGUAAGAGUAAUCAGGACUUGUAAUUUACUGUUAAUUAUUUUGGGGAAGUCACUGAAUUUUUGUCCUCAUUGGAUGGUGCAGUCUUCAAAUGUGGUAGUUCUAUGAAUCUCCAAAGAUCCUUAAAAGAAGAAGGCCUGGAAGCUACUUUCAGUAUUUGUGAAAGCCUAUCAGAAAUCAUAUCUACAUUAAAGCUUCAAAAGCUAAUAAUAAAUAUCUUGUUUUUAAAUA